UUGGCGACCCCCCUUAGCGGUGACCCCCUUUGGCAUUGCCUGGUGGGCGUUUGGCUGUUGAUCAUCACUGGCGUGCGCCUGCUGGUGACCCUCGGCCUAACGCUGUCGCGGGCGCGCCUCUACGGCAUCUACGCUGGAAUCUUCGGCGCCUUGGGGCUGCAAGGCUCCAUGGCGAAGACGGCGUUCGCGGUGCUCGCCUUCCCGGCGCGGGGGCUGCCAGAGGUGCUUGGUUCGCACCAUUCCAGGGUUCCUGAGGCCCUCCGGGCCUCGCGAGCGGCUGCCCUGGAGUCCACUGGUGGCCCCCUGGGAGAGCCCAGGGACACUUUGGGCCAGGGCCACUUUCAGCAACGCCCGACCAGCGAUGGGCGACUGCUUUCAGAUAGUGGUGCAAGAUUGCUUCCUGAAGAGGGGCGCAGGCGGCGUGCAGCGCUGUGCCUCGCUCGGCUCGCCGGCGCCGCUCGAUGA